AAGCUGGAUAAACGAGAAUAAAAACAUUUAGUCGGAGAUCAAAAGUUAGGCAUGAGAAGAAAAAACAGGACAUCAUAACACAAACAUACCACACACAAAGGAAGAAACUCGACAAAUUGAACAAGCUCUAAAAUGAAAUUUAAUUUUUACAAGUUUGUGGUACUUUCUUUAUCUGUAUUGUUAUGGUCGUAUGUGGAUUUUAUCAAAGCUGUCGAGUCAGUAGCCUGCGAGGGUGGCAGCAUUUCAGAUUCAUCCCAUGAAGUCUGUUUAACUGGUGAUGAACAAAAAACAAUUGUUAACAAUGCAUCCACAAUUUCAAGAACUUUAGCAAAAUUGUCUUUCAAUGGAAACAAUAGUAAAAAUAACAGUGGAAUACGAUAUAAGCUGGUCUCGCUUACUUACGUAUACAUCAAUAACAAUUCUUACCAUGUGGAAUUCAAAAACACAACUUCAAACGUGGUCAUUAUUGAUAUAUAUGCAGCGUCAUUUUCUGUCAUCAUUAAACACCAAAAACCUAAUUUUUCCAGUUGCAUUAAUGUAACAAUGACAUUCUGUAGUAAUUCUAAAGUACCUGAAAUUUAUCUGAAUGUAUCUAAUGUAAUAAUUGAUAAGACCAAUGUAUCAGUUUAUGUUUCAGGACAAAAGGGGAGUCUAUCAACAUGUUUUUUUGCUGGUACAUCAAUUUCUGUCCCUGUCGUUCCAAUGGAAAGUAACAGUAAUGUCUCAGCUGGUAUUAUCAGUAUAAAUAAAAACCAACUUUAUCCUUAUUUAUGCGACACAUGCUUGAAAAACCAGUGCUACUUCGAAGUAAAUUGCACCACUUCUUAUCCAGGCAGUAAAAAUGUAUCAAAUGCAACCACACUUUUGCAAACCAACGUGUUUUUUCCACGCAUAAACAUAUCUUCGGUUAAAGGCGGAACUACGAAUGUUGUGGUUUCUGGAACAGUGCAAAAUUACGUGUGCAGACCAAGUAGAAUUGUCUUAGCUUUUCCUAAUCGGACGAUCUCUUUCAAUAUAUCUAAUAAUAGUUUUGAGUUUAACAUUAAUAAUUUGAAGUCAUGUACAAGAUACAAUGUUUCAAUUCGACUAUUUUCAAACUCAAAUUUAUUGAGUAACAAUAAAACUUAUUUUGACUUCGUCACACUACCAACAGUAUCAAAUCUUGAUUUUAAGAUUAAUUAUAUUGCAACAAAUGCUGGUACCAGUAGAUACAAUUUUACAAUGAUAAAUCUUGAUGACUGUAAGUUUGCACCAAUUAUGCUCAACAUAUCAUGUCUAUCAAAAGGUGAUUUGCCAUGCCUUUCAAGAACUUUUUUUAUUGACAAUAAAAGCAGCAUUGUCGAGGUCAGUGCUGGGAUGACAUUCCAAGCGGUGCUAUCACUCCACGAUGUCAAUUCAAAACCUCAAGUAUUUAUAACUCCAUAUGGUAUUCCACAAGGACCUCCGUUAAGUUUAAUAUCUCAUCGGAUAAAUCAAACUGCAAUUCGUCUUAAGUGGGAUUUACCAUCUCCUAAUUUACGCUUUGGAAAUAUAACAACAUUCUUAUUGGCUUCUAUGCAUCGGAAUGUGAUUGUGAAAAACAGGCGAGAAUUUGUUUUCGAUUUUUUGGAUAAAUGUGAAGAAAUAUCCGUAAACAUUUCAGCUUGUCAAACUGUAGAUUCAGUUGUCCAAUGUGGAGUGAAUGCUAAUUUAACCACAAAUAAUUGUCAGUUGAAACCAACGGGCCUAAAGUUUUUUCCAGGGACAGAUUCCAUAAAGUGUUCCUGGGCUGAUGCAUGUACAUCACAAUAUUCUUUUGUUGAUAUUUCGUGUGAAUGCUCUUCAGGUUUUAUUAACACAUCCGUUCCACUCAGUAAAACAGGGUAUGUCAUCAAAGACUUGCUUCCUGGGACGGCUUAUAAAAUUCGAAUUUGUUUUAAAUCAGACGAAAGGAAGACAGGUUGGUUGGAAGUUGUUCAGGUGACUAAAAACAUGACGACUACAAUCGCUCCCCAACAAGAUAAUAAACCUGCAGUUUCUGCUGGAGUAAAGGCCGCCAUUAUUGUAACCGCCAUCUUUGUUGUGUUUACGUCAUUUUUCUUAUGGGUAUAUUGUCAAAUUCGUAAACAUCGUCAACGUGACUCUAGUAUGGACACGUCAAAGGAAAGUCACUCCCAGCAAAUCCCCCCUUCACGAAAAGUAUCAUCAGUACUCACAGGCAAAAUAAAUUUAGCCUUCGAAAAUGAUCUUAUUAACAGCAAUGUAACUUACGGCUAUUUUCCAUUACAGUACGAGAUUAACGAUUUUUAUAAACCAGUAGCUGUUGAAGAUUUUUCUAGAUAUGUUCGCAUGAUAAAAUCCGACAGUACUCUUUCAAAACAGUUUGCAUCUUUAGAUGACGGAGGUAAAUAUGAGCGGGUUUGUGGUACAGAUGCAGUAAACGCAGGUCGGAACCGACAUGACGAUAUAGUGCCGUACGAUCAUAGCCGCGUCAUACUGGAUACGGAUAAGAAAUCUACCGACUACAUAAACGCUAGUUUAAUUAGUGGGUAUGUUAGGAGGGAAGCGUAUAUAGCAACCCAGGGCCCAUUGCCAUCCACCUUCAAUGAUUUUUGGAGAAUGAUUUGGCAGUAUGAAACGAAAGCUGUUGUUAUACUAGGACAAAGAAUUGAAAAUGGUAUUAUAAAAUUUCCUUUGUAUUGGCCAACUGCGAAUAAUGUUGCAGUUAAAUAUGGAAAACUAACCGCUAAAAUGAAAUCGUAUGAAAAAUUUGUUGGCUAUGCUGUGACGUCGCUGCAACUUUAUAAAAAGCCUUCAUCUGGAAUACGCGAGUUGAAGUUAUUUCAUUUUGCUGCAUGGAAUGAUCGUAAAGUACCUAAUAAUACUGACGAGAUAUUAUCGUUUAGAGAAGCAAUAAACAGAUGGCGGGGUGAUCAUAAAUCUCCCAUUGUUGUUCACUGCAGUGCUGGUGUUGGACGCACUGGAGCAUUUAUAGCGAUAGAUGCCAUCAUUGAGAAUAUAAGUCGUGCGCAAGUUAUUGAUGUGUACAAUUAUGUCAACUACAUGCGGAGUCGCCGCGUGUGCAUUGUUCAAACAGAGGACCAGUUUCAAUUUGUUUACGAUGCAGUUCUCGCUUACCUGGAAAAACUAUCAUCAUCUGUCGAUGUAAGCAAGUCAAAUAUAGAUGAAGUUAUAACAAUGAUGGAACGACUAGUGCCACGAAGCAAUGUCAACGGUUACACGAAAUAUUUCAACAAAGUUCAGGAGUAUGCAGAAAAUCUUCCACAAAAGAGCAAGCUCGAAUCUUACAAAUCGGAGCAUGCGCACAAAAACCGCUAUCCUGACAAAACACCACUUGACACUUACAGAGUGAAGGUAUUAGCGACAGGGCUUACUCUUAGUGAAACUUACAUAAAUGCUACGCAAGUGAGCAACCACUUAAUAUCAACUCAAGCACCGCUUGAGAGUACUUGCAAAGACUUUUGGUUGAUGGUUUAUGAUUCUGGCAUAAAAAACAUUGUCAUGUUGAAUGCUAUCGAGGAAGAUGGCGAAUCAGUUCCUUCGUAUUUUAACAACGAUACCAUAACAUUUUCACCUCUCAGCAUCACUGUACUUAGUGAAACAUAUCCUGUUGAUUCAGUCAUUAAAAGAGAAAUGCGAAUACGACAUGUCGAAACCGACGACGAGCAUGACGUCAUUCAUUACCAAGUUUUAAACUGGCCAAGUCAUGCGUUACCAACGUCGUUAAAAAGCGUCACGUAUAUCGCUAAUGAAAUGCAGAGAUGUAACGCUACUGAGCCGACUGUCGUGCAUUGUAACGACGGGUUCGAAAGGAGUGGCUGUAUGCUUGCCUGCAGUAUGUGCGUUGAACAAUUGGAUGAAAACGAUCACGUGAUAGUAGAUCACGUGGUGCAACGGUUGAAAGAAAGAAAUUGUCUUUUUAUCAGCUGCGUGGAUCAGUAUGAAUUUAUUUUUAAAUUUCUGAAACAAUAUUUUAACAUCAGAUACAACGGCGUCACCUAUUUGUAGUUGAAGAUUUGUCGAGUGGCUGCAUUCUCUGCUUCAACCUGCAACACAGGCAUAAAUUACUUAAAACAUGGCCCCAAUCUCCCCUUAUUAAAUGUUUUUGAUUGUGAUAUUUUCUUCAAUUAUUGAAGCUUAGUAUCGCUUCCCAGUAAAAGCAGAAAAGUUCCCUACACAAAAAUAACUGCUAGGAAUUCUCUAUUCAAAAUUCUUCUCAUGUAUAUGGAUAACAAAAAGGACUUCUAUGCUCUCUUCUCUAAAUAGACAACUAAAUCCCCUGUAAAGGAUAUUCACUUACGGCUAAACACCCUCCUUCCCAGCUUCAGUAAGUCUAGUUAUAGUUAAUCCAAUGAGAAAUCUUUAAAUUUUGCGAUGAAGUAUUUUUACAUUGUGCACAGGGAAUAUCGUAAAGUGUAAAUACAAUUUUAAAAUUUUACGUUGUAGAUAUAAAUGGUUAAUGAUCAACUUUGAUUACCUUGACCUGGGUACGAAGUUCAUUUGAGUGGCUUUUAAUUAAGCGGUUUUUAAGAAUCUUGAAUAAUCGUAUGAAAAUUCCAAUCAUUUUUUACCUCUUGUUUUUUAUAAGCUGACUAUUUUCAAAAUAUAUUCUAAAAAAGUUUAUUUAUAUAAUUUUGUAAUUUUCUAUUUAAUCUAUAUUUUGUAUUUACUCGAAUAUAGUUGUAUAAAUUUUUAAUUAACGGGCGGUCAUUUUGUAACGCCUCUCAAAUAUAUACUGAUAUUUAUAAACUCGUAUUAAUGAGCGGAUUCGUUUCGCCACAUGGACGGUUGGAAAAUAAAUGUGUUUUAAAUUAACGUGGAGU